AUGAGAGCUGUGGAACUGAGCAGCUACCGUGUGCCAGGCUGCCGGGCCAGGCCCUGUGCUCCGGGGGCCCUACUGGACAACCUGGCCCCUCCCCAUGCUGGAACCCAAACCCUGACCCUGCUUCCCCAAGUCUACCUCUUGUGCAGUGGACCAAAAGCUGAGCAGAAGCCCAGGAAAGGAGAGCUCUUUCCUACCACACCUAGCCUUGCCCUGAUCAGGGCCCUCGAGCUGGCAAGAAGGACUUUCCUAGAGGCAGUCUCAAAGGAUGAGUGGAGUCUGGCUGACCAGGGGCAUCGGGCCAGCCUGGAGCAGAGAGGCAUGCCAAACAGGCUAAGCCUGGCCGGGGGAGGGCAGGGUGGAAGGUCUGGCCUAGGUCCCGGGGGGCUCCUGCAGCAGAUCCAAUUUGAUUGCUGGCAUGAAGCUGGAGCCUUGAGGUGGGGAGGCUGUGGCUCUGACUGGGGAGCCCAGCACCUCCUAAGGCCUUGGGGUCCCAGCUCAGUCACGACCCCAGGGCCUAGGCCUGGGCUGCUUCCAGGGCCUCGGCUACUUGUCAAGAGUCUCUCCUUGGAACCCAACCCCCAGGGAAGCCCCGGUGAGACUCCCAGUCUCAAACCUUCUCCCUCCAAGAGGCCCCCAGGGCCCAAGCCUCAGGUGCCCCCCAAGCCAGCCCACCUCCUGGGCCCCCGGCUGGUCCCCCUGCUGGAACCUAUUCCCCCGGCGCCCUCCCGCCCACUCCCUGCAGACCCCAGGCUGACCAGGGCUUCCCAACCUCGGGCUGAGGCAGCUGGGGGGGCCUCAGCUGUGUCCUCCCUGAUCGAGAGGUUUGAGAGAGAGCCUGCCGUCCUGGUGCCCUCCGAGCUGACAACAGGGCCAGACUCCAAGGAGGGCUCCCCAUGCCUCCUCCUGUCUGCUCCGGGGGAGAAGGUGCCCAACCGAGACAGCGGCAUCGGCAGCAUCAGCUCGCCCUCCGCCAACGAGGAGACCUGUUUAGCCAAUGCUGGCGGCAGCAGCAAUGGUAGCGGUGGCGGCGGCGGCAGCAGCACUGAAUGCACCCCAGGACCUUCCAGUGGCCUGCUCCCUGUUGCUCCUCUGCAGCCUCAGCAAAGCCCCAUGGAGGCAGAUAGUGACCUGGAUGAGGAAGAAGAGGAAGAUGAUGAAGAGGAGGGGAGAGAGGGGCUGCCCAGGCCCAGAAUGGAGAGACAGGACUCUUCAGAGCUAACAGUUCAGCAGAAGGUGUUUCAUAUUGCCAAUGAACUCCUGCAGACUGAAAAGGCUUACGUAUCACGGCUGCACCUCCUGGACCAGGUAUUUUGUGCCCGGCUGUUAGAGGAGGCCCGGACCCGAAGCUCCUUCCCAGCUGAUGUGGUGCAUGGCAUCUUCUCCAACAUCUGCUCCAUCUACUGUUUCCACCAGCAGUUUCUGCUGCCAGAGCUUGAGAAGCGGAUGGAAGAGUGGGACCGGUACCCUCGAAUCGGGGACAUCCUGCAGAAGCUCGCGCCAUUCCUGAAGAUGUACGGUGAGUACGUCAAGAACUUUGACAGGGCCGUAGAGCUGGUGAACACAUGGACGGAGCGCUCAGCCCCUUUCAAGGUCAUCAUCCAUGAGGUGCAGAAAGAGGAGGCCUGUGGGAACCUAACCCUACAGCACCACAUGCUGGAACCCGUGCAGCGCAUUCCCCGCUAUGAGCUGCUGCUCAAAGACUAUCUGCUCAAGCUUCCUCAUGGCUCUCCAGACAGCAAGGAUGCUGAGAAAUCAUUGGAAUUGAUCGCUACCGCAGCUGAGCAUUCUAAUGCUGCCAUACGCAAGAUGGAGAGAAUGCACAAACUCCUGAAGGUCUAUGAGUUACUUGGAGGGGAGGAGGAUAUUGUUAGCCCUGCGAAUGAGCUCAUCAAGGAGGGUCACAUCCUCAAGCUAUCUGCCAAGAAUGGGACCACUCAGGAUCGGUACCUCAUCCUGUUCAACGACCGCUUACUGUACUGUGUCCCCAAGCUCCGACUCCUAGGACAGAAAUUCAGUGUGCGAGCCUGCAUAGAUGUGGAUGGCCUCGAGCUGAAGGAAAGUUCCAACCUGAACCUGCCCCGAACCUUCCUGGUGUCCGGGAAGCAGCGUUCUCUGGAGCUACAGGCCAGGACUGAAGAGGAGAAGAAAGAUUGGAUCCAGGCCAUCCAUGCCACCCUCAUGAAACAUGAGCGCACACUGGAAACCUUCAGACUGUUUAACUCCACCCACCGAGAGGAAGAUGACACGCCCCCUAGCUCACCGAAUGUGGACCUUGGGAAGCGUGCCCCAACGCCCAUCCGAGAGAAGGAGGUGACAAUGUGUAUGCGCUGCCAGGAACCCUUCAACCCGAUCACCAAACGGAGGCACCACUGUAAAGCCUGUGGCCAUGUUGUGUGCGGCAAGUGCUCCGAGUUCCGGGCCAGACUGGUCUAUGACAACAACCGCUCCAAUCGCGUGUGCCUAGAUUGCUACACCACCUUGUGCGGGGCCCAGGGACCCAGCCCAAGCCCAGGACAGAACACGCCCCAACGGAGACGCUCCAUCCUAGAGAAACAAGCUUCAGUGGCUGCGGAGAACAGCCUCGUUUGCAGCUUCAUGCACUACAUGGAGAAAGGUGCCAAGGGCUGGCACAAGGCCUGGUUUGUGGUCCCUGAGAGUGAACCCCUUGUCCUCUACAUUUACGGAGCCCCUCAGGAUGUGAAGGCCCAGAGAAGCCUGCCCCUUAUUGGCUUUGAGGUGGGGGCCCCAGAGGCCAAUGAGCACAAGGAAAGGCGCCAUGUCUUCAAGAUCACCCAGAGUCACCUAGCCUGGUACUUCAGCCCAGAGACUGAGGAGCUUCAGAGGCGGUGGAUGGAGGUGUUAGCCCGAGCUGGCCGGGGGGACGAGCUCCAGGCAGGCCCCUCCGUCCUCGAGUCCCGAGAGGAGGAUGAAGCGGCUGCUGCAGCAGCAGGCCCAAGCCUAGAGCUGGAAGCCCCUCCUUCCAUGUCCAAGCAGGGACCCCAGGGCUGAGCACCAGCCCUUGGCAAGCUGCUUGCCCCUUGCUACUUGAACUCCAGAUCACGGGCACUUUUGAUCCUGUUAUGGGGUUUGCUCUUCAACAUUUUAGCCAAAUGUGAGGGUUUUGUUUUUUUAAUUUCCAACCUCAUGUUUGUUUUUCACUUGGGGCGGAGCGGUUCAUAAAAGAAAAAAAGCCCUGCCCUCCCCAUCUCCACCCCCCCCCCCCCACGUAAAAGGCCUCAGCUGUGCUGUGACUUUGGGCAGGCUGCACGCCCCAUGGGCCUGUUUCACCAUCUGCAAAACAGGCGAGUUGGCCAACUCUCCAAGGUCCCUUCCAACUCGGACCUGUGGUGCUAAGUCCUUUUCUUUACAAUGGCUGAUCUUCAACGCAUUCUCCAGCUUUUACACUCUUACAAUUUCUCUCUCUGGACUCAAUUUUGCCAUCCGUAAAAGAGGCACUGGGGAGAACUAAAUGGCUUCUUAAUUCUAGUUCUUAAAAAAGGAAAUUUCUGAGUCAGCCCUGGGUCCCAUUCACCCCCCCCCCCCCC